AUGCGGUCAGCUUUACUCGCGCAAAUUCGCCAGGAACAACCGAAAGAGCAGGUCAACAGACUGGCAGUGGUCGAGACUUAUCCACCGUUUGGCUCGCUGGUGCCAUUGACAGGCGUGUUUUCGCUGGCACAGACUGCAGCACGGAUUACUGCACCUGGGGAGCUCCCGGGAAUGUCAGUACGUUUCGGCAAGCUUACCAAUGAUGACUUGGAUGCAUACCGCUUUGUGUGCACACAGUACAUUGGCCUUAUAAGAUAUGCUGACCCGGAUGAGAAGGUUGUUGGAUAUGACAAAGCUGGGCGGUUCAAAGCCUGCGACGAUGCUAUUGCGGCGGUGGGGCGUGCGCGUGAUGUGCUCAAGAAGACAGAUGCGAAGGACGAGGCGCAGAAGGCGGACGUGACAGCCUUCCAGAAGGAGGUGUCUGCGAUUGGUGUGAACUUGGCUGGCUUCUUUGCAUUGAUUCCACAGGGCGACUUCGUGAAAGCCCUGUCGCUGUCGCAGAAGCUUCGAAACAUGGAUACUGACAAGGACAACCAGCUGUCCGAGGAGGAGGUUACGACUGUCCGAUCUGGCAUGAAGCCCUUGGCACAAGAUGAUACAGAUGUCGUCGCAGCUCUGAGGAAACUAGGAGCUGGGAGACUCUUGAUUCCAUAG